GCGUCUGGUUUUUAUCCUCUUCUUCUCUCUCACACAAAAUCAAAAUCACCCUGCAACUGAAAGCUCUUUUCAUCUCUCUUUUCUGUGUACUUUUUUGGUCGAGUCUCUGGCGAUCAUCUGUUCGCCGGAAGUUGAACUUCUUAACUGUAAAAUGGAGGACCCGGCUAGCUAUUGUAGUCUACUGUUCAAUUUCCAAAGUGAAAGAGUGACGUUAUCGUGCCGUCGCGUAUUUCGGGAACUUUAAUCGUAUUUUUGUAGAAACCCUAAGCAAAAGCGACUUUUACUUAGCAGAGUCUAGAAGUUAUUCCAUGCUUUGGCUUACAAAUAAGAGGAAAAUAUAAUACUAUUGCUUUAUAAUAAUUAGAACUUCAAGAAACAUAGAGGAGGUCUUGAUUCUUUUAAGAGUCUCUCAAAAUUAGAAAAGUUUUGGUAAACGCAGCAAAAUCCUGGGUUUCCGUGUAGUUUUGAUUUGCUGAUCUCAUUCUCCGUGGAGUUAUCAAUGUUUCUGCUGCUUCAUUUAAUCGAUGUGUAGAGCAGAGCAUUUUAAAGCUCCACUAACCUCAUUUAAUUACUGGUAGUAUUUUAAGGUUUUUGAGGUUUUUGCGUACUAUAUUUGCAGAAAUUAAUAAUUAAAAAAUGAAGGUGAGGAUUUUAUAGAGUGGGGAGGGUUUUUUCAUUCUAGUGUCGUUGAUCAUAGUGAUCAUGCCUUUUCCAAUGAAGAUCCAGCCAAUUGAUUAUCAAACACUGAAUGAGUCGGUCGCUCACCGAUUCGAGCCAGUAAAGCCUGUGGUGAAAUCGCGAUUGAAGCGGCUGUUUGAGAGGCAGUUCCUGAGAAAUUCAGCUGCUGAGAAGGUCGGAGCCAUCGAGGAGUCGCAUUUGAAGGACGGCUCUAACGAGUUCGAGCCGAGCUCGGUUUGCUUGGCGAAGAUGGUGCAGAACUUCCUCGAGGAGAACAACGAUAAGCAAACAUCGGUUAGGUGUAACCGUAAUCGCUGUAACUGCUUCAACAGAAAUUGUAACGAUGGCUCUGAAGACGAGUUCGACUCGUUUGGUGGUUUUGGAGAUUCUAACCUUUCCUCUUCUGCCGAAGCGUGUGAAACUCUGAAGAGUUUGGUGCCGUGUGCAAGUGUUUGUGAGAGGAAUUUGCUGGCGGAUACAGCGAAGAUUGUUGAUAAAAACAAGAUCUCUAAGCGAAAAGAUGAUGUUUGCAGGAAGAUUGUUACCGACGGUUUGUUGGGUCUCGGAUAUGACGCGUCUAUCUGCAAAUCUCGCUGGGAAAAAGCCCCUUCUUAUCCCGCCGGGGAAUACGAAUAUAUAGACGUGAUCAUCUCAGGCGAGAGGCUGCUAAUUGACAUUGAUUUCAGAUCAGAAUUUGAGAUAGCUCGAUCAACCAAGAGCUACAAAUCUCUUCUCCAAAUUCUACCUUCCAUCUUCGUAGGCAAAGCUGAUCGUCUCCAGAAGAUUAUUGCCAUUGUAUCGGAUGCGGCAAAGCAGAGCCUUAAGAAAAAGGGAAUGCCAACUCCGCCAUGGAGAAAAACCGAGUACAUCAAAGCUAAAUGGCUUUCUCCUCAUACGCGAACCACACCACUUAGCUCAAAGGAAACAGAUCCUCAACUGGAAAGGGAGCAGACUUUGGUUCGGAAUGAGAUUGCUGAGCUUGGACUGAGUUGCCAAGAGAAGAAUUCGGUAGAGGAUGAUACUGAAGUGGGUGGAUCUGUGCAUGCUUUAUCAUCUGAAGGUUCUGUCGCAGAAGACGAGGCUAUAGUGGUGAAAGAAUGGAAGCCACCUGAGGUUAAGCCCAAGAGUUUACAGACUGGGAUUAAGAUAGUGACUGGAUUGGCUGCAGUAAUUGAAGAUGAGCCAUGAAAUUUUGAUCUUUUUAUAUAUAUAUAUAUAUUGAAGAACAGAUUAUAUGAUCAUACAUGAUAUAACUGAUGAAAUCAAAACCCCUUCUGCUUUUUGUGUAAGGGUAUCAUUUUACAGCUAAUAUAAUAAAACUCUCGGAUGAUAUUGUAAGAAGAAUGGCUAAUACAAACAACAUAAUUUCUUGAGUUUUU